AUUUCAGCUCAAAAGCCAACACAUCUCCGAUCAUAACACUGGGCGCCUCGUCGCACCUCCAACUCGAAUUCACACAACACAGAUCUCUCGAUUCUUCAAUAUCCUCGAUUUCGCAACAUUACAUACACACACAAUCAGGUGCGAUUAGAGGUUGUUGUUGACAAGGAUAUACAGUAAACUUCCAUGUCCUGCAGCAGUACUAUUGUGCGAUGCACAACUGCUUUCAUCUGGUCUGCAGCACAGUGAACGACUGGAAAUUGAUGCAAUGGCAACAUCUAAUAAAUUCGAUUUGUCAUCUGCUAGCCCGGAUAGGCCUUUGUAUGCCUCUGGCCAACGCGGAUCCUAUAUGGCAGCUUCCUUUGGUAGAUCAAGUAGCUUUCGUGAGAAUGUGGAGAAUCCUAUUUUAUCAUCUCUUCCAAGUAUGUCAAGAAGCACCUCUUCUGUAACUCAAGGAGAUGUUAUGAGCUUCUUACAAUGUUUGCGGUUUGAUCCAAAAUCAAUAAUCGUGGAUCAUAAAUUAAAUCGACAAGGGGAGUUCAAGCGGUUUGCUGGUCUUGCAAUUGGUCUUCAACCAGAUGAAUCCCCGUCUAGUUCUACAAAAAGCAAGGUACCUUCCUUGUCGCCUGAGGAAGUUAAACGGUUUAGGAUUGGUUUGCGAGAAAGCACGAUUAAGGCCAGGGAGCGUGUGAAGAUCUUCAAUGAAGGGUUAUUGGUAGUGAACAAAUGUUUUCCAAGCAUACCGUCAAGGAAACGAUCUCGACCUGAUGGAAUAUCUGGCGAGCGACCCAGUGCCUUAUUUGCAAGUGAUCGUUCAGCUGUGGGGCCCGGUGUGGGUAAACUGGGUACACAAAACCAUACCCUGGCCGGUGGUUUUGAACUUGAACAACAAAAGGCAGAAGAAAGGUCCAAGAAUGUAAUUCCAAAUAAACGAACCAGAACAUCCAUGGUGGAUCCAAGGAUGGAUGUUCGGCCAAGUACUCCUGCAAGGACAGCUGGUACCGCUGAUAGGGAUAAAGAGGGCUCAAGAUUUCCAACUAAUAGUGUAGCUCAAGGUGAAGAUCAAACGCUAGCUAUUGGUGUUGAUGGUUGGGAGAAGUCUAAAAUGAAGAAAAAACGUUCUGUUAUUAAGGCAGAUAUUGCUCCAGGCUCACCAGCCACAAAAGCUAUUGAUGGGUACAGGGAACCAAAACAAGGAGUUCAUCCAAGACUUCUUUCUGAUGGUCGCCCAAGAACAAGUGAUUCCUAUGCUUACAGGCCAGGAGGUGCUAAUGGAAUUGUUGUUGUAAAGGCUGAUGGAACCUCACAGGCACAGCAGACUAGCACGGGCAUGCGAUCCACUGUCCCCAGGUCUGACCAGGAUAGUAGUCUUCCCCUCCAGGAUAGAAGAGAUCAUAUUAUCAAUUCAGACAAAGAAAGAGUUAAUGCCAGAGUUAUAAACAAGGCUAAUACACGGGACGAAUUCAGUUCGGGCAGUCCUACAUCAAGUGCAAAACUAAAUGCAGCUACUCGUGCUCCACGGUCAAGUUCAGGUAUUGUUCCGAAGCUGUCUCCAGUAGUUCAGAGGGCAAAUGCUGCUAAAGAUUGGGAGCUUUCUCAUUGUACAAGCAAGAAUUCGGGUCCAGUUGGGGCUAGUAAUCGUAAAAGAACCCCUUCAACACAGUCAUCAUCACCUCCAGUUGCUCAAUGGGCAAGUCAUAGGCCCCAAAAGAUGUCUCGCACAGCAAGAAGGACAAAUCUUGUCCCCAUUAUUCCAAGUAAUGAUGAAACCACUUCUUUAGAUACCAUAUCUGAUGCUGCAGGCAGUGAAAAUGGAUUAGGCUUUCCAAGGCGCGUUUCUGGCAAUUCUCCUCAGCAGGCUAAACUAAAAGGGGACAUUUUGCCGACUGCUACAUUAGAAAAUGAGGAAUCUGGCGCAGCUGAAACUAAAUCUAGUAAAAGCAAAAAAUCUGAUGAUUUAGAUGAUAAAUCAGGCAAAAAAAUUCAGAAACUAUCACCUCUUCUUCUACCACCAAGGAAAAAUAAGGUAGCUAGUAGGGAGGAUCUUGGAGAUGGCAUCCGGAGGCAAGGGAGAACAGGGAGAGGUUUCACAUCCACAAGGUCACUUGCACCAUUAACAACUGAAAAAUAUGGCAAUAUGGGAACUGCAAAGCAGCUUAGAAGUGCUAAACUGGGUUUCGACAAGACAGAAAGUAAAGCAGGCCGACCGCCAUCUAGGAAACUCUCGGACCGCAAGGCUUAUACACGUCAGAAGCAUACCACAGUGAACGCAUCUGCCGAUUUUCUUGUUGGUUCAGAUGAUGGGCAUGAAGAGCUCUUGGCUGCUGCAAAUGCUGUUACUAAUCCUGCUCACGCCUUGUCGAGCUCGUUUUGGCGGCAGAUGGAGCCAUUAUUUGGUUUUAUAUCUGAUGGGAACAUGGCCUAUUUGAAAGAGCAGCGAGAUGGAGAUUCCAUUCCAUCAACGCCAAAUGCAGCACCAUUAGGUAGCAUGUUAAGCAGGGGAGUUGGCAUGUUUAAACGUGCAGGAGAUAUGUAUGAUACAAUGCCUGCAGAGCUUAGCCCAGAAGAUAUAGCCGCGGGAAGUGAAAUCUCCCUUUGCCAAAUUCUUCUUUCUGCUCUUAUUCCAGAAGAUGUUACCGAAGAUCCUACUGGCAGCGGAAAUGAAGAAGGGGAAUUCAAUAUAUAUGAAUCAGAGUAUGAGCCAAAUGGACAGAUAGAAACUGGUUCUUACAGCAAUGGGUCAGUCCAGAACUUUGAGCUUUCUGGACGUGGGCGUAAUGGUUGUAAUGGAUACGAGCUAAAUUCUUGCCGGUCAUAUGAUGAGAUGGAGCAUGAUCUUCAGUAUAACAAAAUGUCCUUCCAUGAAAGAGCAGUAUUAGAGAUCCAGAGUAUUGGGCUUUCUCCGGAAAGAGUGCCUGAUUUGAUCCAAACAGGGGAGGAAGAAAUUAGCCGUGAUAUCAGCCGACUUGAAGACAAGUACCUUGACCAGUUAUUCCUACAGGUACGCAGAAAGAAAGAUAUGCUUGACACACUCUCGAAGUCUGCAACAAAAGCAAGAGAGCUGCAAGAGAAGGGGUUCCAGCAAGCUGCUCUUGACAAACUCGUUGGAAUGGCUUAUCAAAAAUACAUGAGUUGCUGGGGCCCAAAUGCCCCUGGCGGGAAGAGUGCCAGCGGCAAAAUGGCCAAGCAAGCUGCUUUAGCGUUUGUCAAACGGACCCUGGACCGGUGCCAGCAAUUCGAAAUUACCGGCAACAGUUGCUUCAGUGAGCCUUUAUUCAGUGAAAUGUUCCUCUCUAGGUUGUCCCAGUUCAGUGAUGCUCAACAAUUAGCUGCCAGCACAGAUGGUGAAUCUGGAAAACUUUAUUGUAUGGACGCUAGAGCUUCAGCUUCGGUAGGUGUACAGUCACAGCAAAGUCCUUCAUUAAGCAACAACGAUAUGUAUUCUUUUGGUCCACUCUCAUCUAUGAACAGCCCGGCUGAGAGAACUAUUGGAAAUGAAGAUACAUGGUCAAAUAGAGUGAAAGAGAGGGAGUUGUUACUUGAUGAUGUUGUUGGGGGUGUUGUCAGAACAUCCCUUUCAAGUAAUGCCAAGGGAAAGAGGAGUGAUAGAGACAGAGAAGGGAAGGGGAACAACAGAGAUUUUUCAUCAAGAAGUGGAACCACUAAAAUUGGUCGGCCAACAUCUGGUAAUGUCAAGGGGGAGAGGAAAUAUAAGUCAAAGCCUAAACAGAAAACCACUCAACUAUCUGCUGUUAAUGGGCUCAUUGCAAAAGUUUCCGAGCAGCCAAAAGCAGGAUUGUCUUCAAUGCCAACUUCCGGUAGCAUGCGUACAAAUACUGACAAGGAAAAGAAUAACUUUAACCUGGAUAUGUUGGGAACCUCCGAGCCCAUUGAUUUAUCCAACAUGGAUGCCCUGGAUGUUCCUGAUGAUCUUGGCGAUCAAGGGGAGGACAUUGAUUCAUGGUUUGGUAUUGAUGAUGAUGGUGGGUUGCAAGAUAAUGAUUUUAUGGGCCUUGAAAUACCAAUGGAUGAUUUAUCUGAAUUAAACAUGAUGGUGUGAAGUUCCAUUGUUGUAAAGACCAGUUCAUUAUACAGAUUUACAGAGGAGACAUUAUCGCUGUUGUAACUUGUAAGAAGUGACCACAUACACAGAAGGUCAUGUUACUUCCCAAUCUAUAAUUAGGCAACAGAUUCUUUCAGGAACACCACAUGAGUUGAUCUUCGAUUGAGCCCUUCGGAUCUUUUCGAUUUUGCUCCAGUCUAAGUUUGUCUCUCCAGCUGUACAGAUAAGUUGUUGAAGACUAGUCAUUAUAUCUUAGCAAACACUGUACUCUGGUUGUAGCACUCACAAAUUAGGGCACAAUGCCUUUUGUACAUAUAUUUCUAUCUAAAGUAUUCAUUAGAAUAAGUUUUAUAAAAGCGUUUUUAGUUGUACUUUUA